AAAAAUAGAAACUCAUAGGAAUACUUAUUAAUUACAUAUACAUGAGCGUUUUAACACGGGGAGGGAAACUUAAGGUAGUACUAACAGAUUACUGCUAAGCCGAAAUGUGCAGCUCAAAUCUUGAAGGGGAAGUCCCGAAUGACGAAAGGCAUUGUGAGGUACGUGUUGGGGAAUUUACUUACAGUGGCAGUUGCUGAUCAUAAAGGUCGAAACGUCCAGCAAAGUUGGUGUUGCGUGGAAGUCUGCAGAUUCUGGGACAAUGAGCAAGAACAGCAAGAAAUCAAGGAAAAACAAGCAUAAGGCUGCUCCUGCUAGUGCAGAGCAGAGCUCGGAGUCAGUGAAUGACAGUACGAUCAAUGGAAAAUCUGAAAGGAUUCUAGAAGAUGCAUCAGGCCCCAGUAAGAAUAAAGACAAUACAGACAAGCUGACGAUGGAAGCUGAUGCUCCAGAACCUAAACCAGGAAGGAUUCUAGAAGCUGCAUCAGGCCCGAGCAUGAAUAAAGACAAUAUAGACAAGCUGACGAUGGAAGCUGACCCUCCAGAACCUAAACCAGGAAGGAUUCUAGAAGACGCAUCAGGCAUGAGCAAGAAUAAAGACCGCUCAUCCGAGGUGUUACAUGCAAAUACAGACAAGCAGAAGAUGGAAGCUGAACCUUCAGAACCUAAUCCAGAAGACCUUUCACAAUUAAAGAACACAUGCCGUGCUUUGAAAUCAAAUCUAAAUACCAUUAAUAGGAAAUAUCAAGAGGAAAAAAAAGAAAAGGAAAUAUUACUUAAUGAAAACCAAGAUUUAAAAUCCAAAUUGUGUUCUGUGGGAAGGGAAUUGGAAGCUGCUAAAAUGCAAAUAGAAAAAUUGAAAAACCAAGGAGCUCUUCCCCGAAAAUCACGCGAGGCUCACGAGCCAAUGGAUCAUGAAACAGUUGAGGAACAUGCGAGUGAGCAACCAGACCAAGAAGCAUCUUCAGAUGGAUUCAUGCGAAAUGCAGCUAUAAGAGUUGAAGGUCAUGAAAAGGAGGCAUUUAUUAGACGAGGUAUAAAUAGUGGCUGUUUAAUGCUCUUCACAAAAAUGCUCUAUCUUUUCUUAUAA